AUGGAAAAUCCUCCAACCAUUCUACUUGUUUUGGCUCUACUUUGUGUUUCAGUGGUUGCAGCAACAAGAACUAAGCUGCAGUCAAUCAACAAUCUGGAUGUUGUUGGUAUUUGCAAAUCAAUGGUGGAGACACAAGGCUAUACUUGCCAAGAACAUCAAGUAACAACAGAAGAUGGUUACAUCCUUGGCUUGCAGAGAAUUCCAAAGGGACGGUCUGGUAAUGAGAUAGCAGACAGGCAGCCUGUUCUGUUACAACAUGGGGGCUUACUGGAUGCUUCAUCAUGGCUACUCAAUCCACCGGAUCAAUCUUUGGCAUUUAUCUUGGCAGAUAAUGGUUUUGAUGUAUGGCUUGCCAACUUUCGCGGGACAAAGUCUAGCCGCGGACACACAUCGCUUAGUCCUGAUGAUGAUCCGAUAUUUUGUUCUUCUCAAAAUCCCAACAGGCAGAUCCAACAACUUGUGGAGUUUAUCUGCACAACACGGGGCAUUGACUGCUCGAACCUCCUGGCAGCUAUAGGAGGCCCAAAUUGCUGCCUCAAUUUUUCAAACAUAGAUGCUUUAGUUGAACAUGAUCCACAGCCAACUGCGACGAAAAACCUUAUACAUCUGUCUCAGAUUGUCAGAAAGGGAACCGUAGAAAUGUAUGAUUAUGGUCUUGAAGACACUAACAUAAAACACUACAAGAAACCCACUCCUCCUGUGUACAACAUGGCAAACAUUCCGAAAGACGUUCCUCUUUUCUUCAGCUAUGGAGGGAGAGAUUCGAUUGCUGACAUUAACGAUGUGGGGAUUUUGCUUGACAAGCUCAGAGAUCAUGACAGGGACAAGCUUGUGGUACAAUACAGAGAGGAGUAUGCUCAUGUGGAUUUUAUUAUGAGUGUGAAUGCCAACCAAGAUGUGUAUGGUCCUCUACUGGCCUUCUUCAGGCUCCAUUGAGAGUUUAGUUACUUUUGCAGUCUAUAACAUAUUGCCUUCUGUAGGGUUUUGUUCACCAUUAAUAAUGAGAUUUAUAACUAUGUCUACAAGGC